AUGGCUCUCAUUGUCGACAAACAUCGGCCACGGUCUCUGGACCAAUUGACAUACCAUUCAGAACUCUCGGAGCGCUUGCGAUCAUUGGCACAAAGCGGCGAUUUCCCACAUCUUCUCGUCUACGGUCCGUCUGGUGCUGGCAAGAAGACCCGUAUCGUUGCAACACUCAAGGAGCUUUACGGGCCGGGCGUAGAAAAGAUCAAGAUCGAUGCUCGUGUGUUCCAAACAAGCAGCAACCGCAAGCUGGAGUUCAACAUUGUCGCGUCCGUAUACCACCUCGAGAUCACCCCUUCAGACGUAGGCAAUUAUGACCGUGUCGUGGUACAAGACCUGCUUAAAGAAGUCGCACAAACGCAACAGGUGGAUCAGAGUGCCAAGCAGCGGUUCAAAGUCGUGGUCAUCAAUGAAGCCGACCACCUUACCAGAGAUGCCCAAGCAGCAUUGAGACGAACGAUGGAAAAGUACAGCCCGAACUUGCGAUUAAUCUUGCUCGCCAACAGCACGGCCAAUAUCAUCGCGCCCAUUCGCAGUCGUACAUUGUUGGUCCGUGUUGCGGCGCCGACAAUUGAUGAGAUCAGCUCGGCACUGGCGGUCUCAGCAAAGAAGGAGGGCUGGCCAAUCGUCCCGGGUCUGCACAAGCGAAUCGCAGAAGAAAGCGGACGGAAUUUGAGAAAGGCCUUGUUGAUGUACGAGGCAGUGCACGCACAAAACGAGAAAGUGACAGAUACCACUCCUAUACCACCCCCUGAUUGGGAGGCUCUUAUCGGCCAAAUCGCCAAGGAGAUCAUGGACGAACACUCGCCUGCCCGGAUUUUGCAGGUCCGCGCCAAACUCUACGAUCUGCUUACGCACUGCAUACCCCCGACGACUAUUCUCAAGACGCUCACAUUCAAGCUCAUUGCUUUGAUAGACGACGACCUGAAGUGGGAAGUGAUCAAGUGGUCUGCCUUUUAUGAGCACCGCAUCAAAAUGGGCACCAAGGUCAUAUUUCACCUGGAGGCUUUUGUGGCCAAGUUUAUGAGGAUACUUGAAAUCUAUCUUAUGCAAAUGGACAUGUAA